AUGGCUCAACGAAUAAUUUCAAAGACUACGACGAUGCGCAUCGCUCCUUUGAUGCGGACUUCAUCUCAUCUGCAUAUUUCACCGUCAGCCGCAGUCACCAACACCCGCCGCCUCCACAUCUCAGCGAACCCAGCCAAAGAUCGCAUCCCGUCAACACCAAAACCAGACCACCAAGUCGAGAACCCAUCGCUUCCCUCCUUCAACCUCUUCAAGCUCGUCCGCGAAUCCAAGCCGGCAGUCCGCUACACCGUCUACGCCGGUCUCGGUUUAAUGGCCACUGUCGAGACAACCUUCUGGUAUCACGUGCUGCGAGCCAAGUUCUUCCCGAGGGCAUCGGCAGAAGAGCAGGAGAAGGCUGAUGCGCUUCUCGCGCGCCUGAGUGAAGCGAUGAAAAACUAUCGUCAUGUCUGGAUGGCGAACUAUGGCAGGUACUACGGCGCGCACGUGUGGGGGCUGGGGUAUGGUGGGCUCGAUGGUCUGGAUGACGAUGGCAUGUUGAGGUCGACUUCAUGA